AGGGAGAGAGAUAGAGAGAGAGAGAGCACUAAAACACACACGCUUGCGCAUGCAGACACAGACAGAAUCAAGUCCUGUCUGCUGCAGGACGGGAGGCAGAAGGAUUACUCCUGUUUUAGACUCUUCAUCCAUGCGUCCCGGGAAACAGAGCAGAAUGUGAGAGUCAAAUGAAGACAACUUGGUGAUAUUGUGAGGAGGAACAUCAUCUUGAGAGGAGUGUCAGCAUGACCCCUAACAGUGAAGCUCUACUGCUGCUCUUCAGUUUCUCACUGUGUGCAAGUCUGUGUGCUGUAUCUUUAAAUAGAAAUGAAAGAGCCCACGUUUGGACCAGCUCAGACCCAGAGUCAGCUACCAGCACAUGGACAUCUCGAUCAACAGAAAUGGACAUGACAAGUCCAAGCGAUGUAUUACAUUCAGAUGGGACUAGCAGAGAUCUUAAGGUGGAUCUUUCAGUUGAUCAAAACCCCUCUGUCACAAUGGAUGGUCAUGGUUUGUCAAGACUUCCAGCCUCAAGAACACCAUGGAUCAAAACUUUGACUUUUGCUAAGAUUAAACCUCCUUCAGAUAUCCAGAACGAUGAAGAGGGACCUCAAACAGAGGUAUCUGAUUGGCCAAAUUUUAGUAAGCAAGGCAAUAUGGAAAAAUCUUUUAAAUCAUCUCCACUGGCAACACUACAGCCUUUUUCUUCUCAGACCUGGAGUACCAAAUCCAAGACACCUUUUCCUUGGAAUACAGAGACAUAUACACCUCAGACUCCUGCUGAAACUAGAUUUAGCACCUACCAGACACUGUGGAAGUCCUCGGGUGCUAUUCAGACACCAUAUGCCAGAGGAACUUUAGAUGGUCCCACUUUGCCAAGAGGGCUGACAGACAGUCUGCAGCCAUACGAGGAAACAAAGCAAUUGACAGAUGCUCCCACAGUUAGUCUAACAGAGCCGACUAUCAAUAUGACAAAUCCUGACCCUGAAAAAGAGGAGCGCAAGGUUGUUGACCAAGUGAAAAAGGAACAAAAUGGCCAAUCGACCACCACUGUGAUCGAGGUCACUGAAAGCUAUCCUGAAGCAGCAUCUUCAGGUGAUGACUUGCGCAAAUUUUCCACACUUCUGGACUGCAGCUUGGUUGGCACUGAAAUCUGUCAGUCGCCUGACUACUCAAGGAAUCAUGCUUCAACUAACAACACUCUGUCCACUCCACCUCCUCUGUAUGAAACCACACCCCCUGGUAUAAUAACCCCACCCUUUGAAGCCCUCACCCCACCUCUACUGGUCCCUCUACUGACUGAUUGGAAUGCUGCAAUGGCUACAUGGGGCCUUGCAUGGGAGUUGCAGGUAUAUGGACUUGGCUGUGUGUUCUCACUCGUGGCUGUGCUGUCUGUGCUCAGCCUGAUGUGUUUGCCGUUGCGCUGGCCCUCUGGCUGUGCCCACUUCAGCCUCCUCCACCUUCUCCAACUACUAACAGGUUCCAGCAGAGCUCUGUGGCUCCUCUAUGAUCCAUACGGCCAAAAAGAGCGCCUACCCAUAACCUGGGCACGACUACUACAUGAAUCUGCCUAUCCCUGUAUUACGGCAUCAUUUGGUCUGCUGCUUCUACUGCUCACCGCUCGCUCUUGUACACAGCUACUUUCCCAAAACACCCUGCAGCGCAGCACCUGCUUGUUGGCUGCCCUAGUGCUGCUGCAUAUAGCUAUAGUAAUGGCAUCUAUGGCAAUACUGCAACUCUUUCCCACCCUGCAAGUUGUGCCUCUAUUACCACCUGCAGCAUUCGUAUUGAUGUCCUAUCUUUUGUCAUUCACAUACCUGCUUCUUUACUGCUGUGCUCGUGCCGAUGUCAAGCACAUUUACCGGCUAAGUGAAAGCUCUCCCGAGCGGCCAUCGUGCCAUGCUAGCAGGUGUCAAUUCACAGAAGCACGGAUGUGGGAAAGGGCAGCCAGGACAGGGGUAUUCUCUGCCCUGUUUCUGCUAGCAUGUGGCAGUCUACGACUUUAUGCUAUGCUCAAUGCAGCAGGGCUGACCGGUGGAGCCAUUGUUGGCCUGACGCCCUGGCCGUGGUGGGGCUUCCAGCUCAGCUGCAGAGUCUGUGAAACAGGGGUAUGUCUCACCCUCGCUCUUGUAAUCACUCACCCCCUUCUCUGUUGCGGAGUGCCCCUUUCCAAACCAGGAGGAUGUAGUUGGCUCUUCAAAAAGCCACCCACAGAAGGAACAAUGAUGGCCAAACCCAGCAUCCUCUCGAGUCGGUGUGGCUGGUCACUGCGGCCUGCAGAGAAGCUGGGGUUGUGUGAGGGAAUAGCACGGCGGGAAAGCGAAAGUGAAAGCAUGCCACUCUACACCUUGGUGGAGCUUCCGCACAGCGAAUCCGAUGGCUUGGACCUCCACUAUCCCAGCAGCCCUCAGCAUGAGUCUUGCACACAACUCUCCCAAACCACAAAGAAGAGUAAAGUAUCCCAUGUAUCCUCCUUUGCAAGCUUUGAUGUUGACUCCACGGCAGAUCUGCGGCCCCCUUCGCCAAUCGACCUGAGACGAAGCAUUGAUGAGGCCUUAAACAGUGAGGCUUUGUUCCAGCAUAGCCUUUUUGGCUCUUCAAGGCUCUCUCUCAGCACACGUGGACCCCCGGAUGGACAACCCUGUCGGGGAAACUCCACCGAACCCAGCCUAUACCGUACUGCUUCCUGUGGGGACGUGGACCCCACUACAGUCCCCAGCCGACCCAGGCAAUGGAGCACUAUAUCUGGGAGACCAGCUCACGUCUCAGUCCAUUGCAGUGGGUUAAACUCAACACAACAGUCCCAGAGCAGCUUACAUAGGGGCUCUCAGUCCGGGCAGCAACUCCACAGACGCUACACAACCUUAGGCUCUACUUCCUCCAGAGGGAGCGUGGAUGUGGAGACAACUUCUCAUGUUGAUGAGCUUGCCGUUCAAGCUGAAUUCAUCAAUGUCUGCCGGCAGAUAGAUGCACUUAGUAUCAGUAGUGAUACGAUUGACCUAUAGGGGGAGAAUCUUUAUUCACCUAGAGAUUAUGUUGUAGGGGUUUUCAUCACUGACCCACCCUCGAGGUCCACCUUCCUGUAAAGUUUAACUCCAACCCAAAUCAAACACACCUGAACAAGCUAAUUAAAGUCUUCCAGAUUACUGGAAAGUUGCUGUUAGAGUUUGAUAAAGGUUGUAAGAGUACCACUAAAGUAUUGCAUGUGUCGUACUUUCCUGCAGUAUUAACCUUAAUAUUUUCCAGUUCAAUAUUUAACUCUUGGGUGUCUGGGUGUGCUCUUUCAAGGUCCAACUUCUGACACAGCUUACAUCUGACAUACCUGCUUGGAAGUUUCAAGUGAUCCUGAAGACCUUAAACAGCUAGUUCAGGUGUUUAAUUAGGGCUAGACCUAGACUCUACUGGAAGGCGACCGUCCAGAUUGGAUACCCCUGGUUUAACCUAACACAGGGCUAGGCAGCUUUGGUUGUGAAGGGCCACUGUCCUGAACCUGAACAAGCUAAUCAAUGUCUUCAAGAUCACUAAAAAAGUUACAGGUAGGUGCGUUUGAUUAGGGUUGGAGCUGAUCUCUGCAGGACAGUGGUCCCUCAAGGACCAAAGUUGCUCAGCCCUGACCCAUAACGCCUUUAAGUAAUUUCAAACGUAACAACUCCAAUUUACAGAACUUUUCUUGACAUACACACAGAGAGGAAUUUGCUGUUAAUGCAUUCUGAUUGAAUGGUAAGAAAUGUUUUAUUUUAGAAGCAGACAUGACAUGGACAAAAUGGCAACCUACAACCUCUGAGUGACGCAGAGAAAUCCUUUGAAAUCCACUUGUCAUAUUUGACCAGUCUUGUUGAAAAUGCUUGGUUUGAUCAAAAGACUUAUAAACUGCUGUACAGGAGGCUUUUGUAUUGCUUGUAUUGCUAGCAAAAAACCUAGCACUUAUGAACAUGUUUUUAUGAUGAAAUGUCUUUUGGUUUUGCUCUUACAGCACAGAUCACCUAAACACACAUGACGUACAUUAUAGAGAGACACAUUCUCUAGAACCAUUUUACAUUUUAUUGCAUCACUAUCAGAGUGUUAAUCCACUCAUUUGUGGCAGCGCUGUCACUUGGGAAAUAUUUUGUUCUGUAAUGAUACCUGGGUGAUCUGUUGGAGCAUAUACUUAGGGGAAAAGACUUAAUUAGCAAAAGGAUGCAUGAAGAUGAAAACCAUGCUAAUUAGCUGUUGUAUGUGUGGAACACUUGGCAUUUUAGUACUACUGUUUUUCUGAACGUUUAUUUCAUUACAUUUAGUGCUUGAUAAAGAUCUAUUCUAUCCUGUACCCAUAAUCCCUCACAGCCAUUUCGCUACACAAAUACUGCCCUCUGUUGGCCAUAGAAGUGUAAAACUGUGAAGUUUUGACAGCAUGUGCAUUUGUCAUCUUUAUUAGUGCACAUCCGCAUGACUGACAGCAGGAGCUCAUUGCAAAAAAACUUUAAGAUUGUCUCACUCUUGCUACAUUUUUUUUUUUUUUUUGAGAUGUGCAUUUUUUCUCUGUAAAUAGCAAAUGCUCCAAUAACUUCCACACUUCUACAUGACAAUUUGAUGCUCUGAAUUGCAUUGCUCAUUAUGCUACUGUGUUUAUAAAAGCGUAUAUUAACAUCUAAAAUAUUUAAGCAAAGUAGAUCGAAACUGAUAAUACAUGAACAAAAUAGGAAAAACAAUUUAUAAAACUCAUUCUUUAUUCUAUAAACUGUAUUACAUUCAGAAUGACAACACAAGUCUUUGCAAACUACCAAAUGGUGCCCAAAGUUGAAAGUAUCACUUUUACAGCAAAUGCUUUUGACUGUCUUUCAACUCAGACUGUCCUUUUUUAUACUGUAAAAUGUUCGAUAUAUGUAAAUGCUUCUAAGUUAAAUGAUACAAGUGUGUGAAACUGUUAAAUAAACUAAGAAAUGACCGCC